AUGCAUCGUCGUCGGAGGCCCAAUGUCAGCAACCACCAAAUCACAAGCGAUUCCUCUUGUACCUCUCCCAUCGAUACCGACAGUGACAGACCGUUCGAACCCGACUCCUCUGAGACCGGUCUUACCGAGCCGGAGCGUUCCCCUGCAGCUGGUCGAAAUAUUGCUGGGAAGAAUUCAAGUCCAAGUACUGAGACAAAACCGGCACAAUUAGACACAUCGAAUGUGGAACGUGUCCACCAGGCCCUAUACCAACUUCCAGAUGAUGACACGGAUGAGGACCUGGCUCAGGUGCCGGAGGAUUACGGCCGAUCCAACAAUACGAAGAAGCUAAGACUUCGACUGAAAGAGCGUUGGGCUUGGUUCUGCCAAAUCAAAGCAAAGGAGCGGUGUGCCGAUCUAAAAUGGGAGGAUGCAGAGGACGCACUGCGUGAGGCGUCUCCAAAUGACAUGCAUCGAUUUCUCAAUUGGUGUCUGAAGCUGGAGUAUAGUCCCGAUGGUCGCCGUCAGAAAGGCUAUACAAAGGCUAGCGCCCUGGAGGCGGAUUGGAAAUACUUCCGAAUUUACUACAUACGGGUUACUAAACAUGAGAUGAGCAAAGAGAUGGGUGAGGCGGUUCGCACGGGCAUGAGGCACUUGGUCGACAAGCGUGGCCUUAACAAACAACCGCGGGCAAGUGUCCCAGUGUACAUCGAAGAUAUGGUCCCAUUCAACGAGACAAUCCUUCAGACCCGGGAAAAGCGAUUCCAUCUGGGAUUUCAACGGAUUAUUUUGUGUCUAUACAAUACUAUUGGGCUAUUUACCGUCAACCGAAAACAGGCAAUGCUUCAUCUUCAGUUCAAGCAUUUACAAUUAUCGCUCCAGCAAGAUCCGCGCGGAGGACCUCCGGUGCCGAUGAUAGAACUCGAGCCCCAGUUUGUGAAAAGCGUCCUGGGCAUGUCGAAGCUAAACACGUUCUCGCUACCUGAAAUUGUCUACGGCGUAUCACUUGUCUUCAGCCCGCACGUCCUGCUCUUCAGUAUAUUAUUUUACGUCCAUGCGUUUGAAGCGCCUCACUUGACCUCGAUGGAAGACCUACGGAGGCUACUUGUUGAGGGUGGCCGACAGGAAAUGCCACUCCCCUUAAGAAAAGAGAUGGAUAAUUACUAUGUCUUCCCGAAGGUCGAUGUGAUCUGUGGUCAGCCGCGUAUUUUGUGGGAGACGCCCAUGAAUGGAAGCACACUCGACGCACAGCUCAGGACAUCCAGUGAGAUACACGGCUUCCUCAAUCAUUUUUUCUCUCACCAAUUCCGAUACGGUGGAGGUGAUUUGCUUGACAAGAGUGGUUUCGUCAGUGAAGCACAACGCAAUGUGAUCAUGGCCCACGCCACUAGCAGAACGUUCAUUAAACAUUAUCGUCCCCGUCGACAUACUGGCUUACAGGAGAUCAUGUGCGGCCUCGAUCCUGAUGAGGAGUUCUCAAAGGCUGUGACCCGGAUGAGCCGUUGGAUUGAUCGGCGGCGACCACGACACCUGAGCGACGCUGAUCGGGAAUCGAUGGAGAAGAAUCCGGAACUGCAAUCGGCCAUACGCUGGCAAUUCGAGCUAGACUCUCAAUGCGGUAGCCGCUCUUAUGAGCCAGCGUUGCGAGCGAUGCUGGAGGACCAGAAGCGUAAAGUCCACAAUCUGCGUCGGCGUCUGCAGGAAAAACGGCGGAAGGAAAUACGGCGUGAUUUCAGUCGAAAGCAGGCAGUAAUUGACAUUGAACGACAGCUGACUGGUGGAGCUGUCAGUGACGAGCCCGCGCGCGAGGUAUUACGAAAAGAGUUUGCAAUGCCACCGGAGCAGAUUCUUCUCGUGGAGACUUUCUUCACUUGGCCCACCACCGAUUCAUUAGAGGACGAAUGGACACGACGCAAUAAAGCUGUUGCUGCUGGAAUACAAUAUUGCGGUUUUCAGGAAGGUGGGCCCCUCCGAGGACGACAGAAGCGCUCUGCACCGUCCGACAAUGACGAUGUAGUUCCAUCUCCGCUAGCUCAAAAGAUAAAGACUGAUGCGCCGCCAACUGCGUCGUCGGAGAAGGAACGUACCUCUGGCAGGAAAGAUAUUCCGAAUGCGGAACAAACAUUCGCAUGCUUCCAAUGUCCCAAGGCAUACUCUGACUAUAAUGGAGUGAAGAGGCAUUUCAAAUCAUCACAUUUGAUGGACAGGAAAUGCAAUUUUUGCGAUCUGUCUGUCCUGCACGAGAUGCACUUGCGAAGGCAUGCUGGGGAUGUACAUGGCCUUCGAACGUGA